GGCAUCAGCUGACUCAACAUGGCCGAGACCGGAGCAGGCGCCGCCCGCCCGCCAAAGGCAGGACCAGCUUCGGGGCGCCUGGUCCUCUGAGCGCGUGCAGAGUGCCUCCUGCCUGCAAACCGGGAAUGGUGUGAAGUCAUCCUCUCCCCCGAUAAUGGAGUACCUCCUGGAGCGUGUGGAGAAAGACCUGGGCAUUGACCGCCUCCAGCUGGCGGCAGCUCCGGAGGGCUCUCACAUCGUCGCUUUGGUGCCGGCCAAGUGGGUGGGAAGCCUGAAGGAGCGAGGGGUGCUGCCUAGCCUCUGCCCGUGCACGGAGGGCCUCGGCGAGGCGGAGGUGCGCACCUGCUUCCAACGCUCGGUGCAGAAGUUGCCCCCUGGCUGGACCAGGGUGGAGGUGCACGGUCUGAGGAAAGACCGGCUGCGCUACCCCCUGGCCACGACGCACGGGGCGCACUGCGAUCCCAAGGGGCGGCCGGAGACACUGCACAGGUUCAUGCAGAACGUGGCUUCGCAGAACUACCGGAACUUGUGGGCCCGAGCUCACCGCUUGCACGUGCAGCCCUACUGCCACGCCCACGACCCGCCCGUUGCCCCGGCUUUGGAGGUGCUUCGUGCUGCUCUCCAGAAGCUCUACGGCUGCCCCUUGGUGCAGGUGGGAAGGGGCGUGUCCUGCCCCUCUCCUGCUAGAGAGUGGGGCUCGCCCAGCAGGAGCCGUCAGCCUGACCCCAGCAUCUUCCCCGCAGAAGUGCUUUUGGAGUCCUCGGAGAUGCUCUACGUCCUCUUCCCCUACAUGCGGUACUCCCUGCACGACGUCGUCACCUUCAGCCCCGCCAAGCUGUCCAACAGCCACGCCAAGCUCCUGUUCAUCCUCUUCCAGAUCCUGCAGGCCAUGCAAGCUUGCCACGGGGCCGGGCUGGCGUGCGGGGCCUUCUCUUUGCACGACGUGGCCGUGGACGAAAAGCUGUGCGCUCAGCUCAGGGUCCAGCUGCAGGAUUAUGGGCGAGCGCCGGAGGAAGCGGGGAAGGACGUGGCAAGAGGUGGUGUUGCGGUGGCCCCGGGGGUGGUGGAAAACAGCCCUGUGGAGAAAACGGCACCACCCUUGGCGGGACUGGGGGGUCUCAUGCUGGACUGGGUGAAGGGCCGGCUCAGCAACUUUGACUAUCUCAUGCAUCUGAACCACUUGGCGGGGCGGCAGGUGGGAGACCCCAACUACCACCCGGUUCUCCCCUGGGUGGUGGAUUUCACCACCAAAAAUGGACGGUUCCGGGACCUGCGGAAGUCCAAAUUCCGCCUCAACAAGGGCGACAAACAGCUCGACUUCACUUACGAGAUGACCAAGCAGGCCUUCGUGGCCGGAGGGGGGCUUGGAGGGGAGCAGCCUCACGUCCCUCACCACAUAUCGGAUGUCCUCUCGGAUAUCACCUACUACGUUUACACGGCUCGACGGACUCCCAAAGCCGUGCUGUGCUCCCACGUGAGGUCCCAGUGGGAGCCCAACGAAUACCCGGCCAACAUGGAGCGCAUGCAGGCCUGGACCCCGGACGAAUGCAUCCCGGAAUUCUACUCGGACGCCACCAUCUUCAAGUCCAUCCAUCCGGACAUGUCGGACCUGGAAGUGCCGGCUUGGUGCGGCUCCUGUGAGGAGUUCGUGGCGACCCACCGGGCUCUUCUGGAGAGCUGGGAGGUGUCGCAGGACCUUCACCACUGGAUCGACCUGACGUUCGGCCACAAGCUGUUGGGGAAGGAGGCUGUCCGGGAGAAGAACGUUUGCCUCCACCUGGUGGACAACCACACUCACCUGACCAGCUAUGGGGUGGUGCAGCUCUUCAACCAGCCCCACCCCAGGCGCUUGGCAGGGCCUCUGCUCCUCCCGGCUGAAGCCCCCUUGGCUGUGAAGCCUCUCAUCCCCCCUGUGGAGGAGACCAGAGUUGUGGAGGACCUGAAGGACCAACUGACUGAUGGGGCUGUGGAGGUGGAGCAAGGAGCUGAGGCCCUGGAGGCCAUUCCUGCCCCGGGCAGAGGGGCGGAGCCGUCCCCUUCCAGCAUACUGUCCACCCAGCUCUCUGGGGGCCCAGCUGAAGGCAAGCAUAUGGCAUGGGGCCAGGACCCUUGCUUGUGAGGAGAGAGUGAGGCGAAGAGUGUCCUCAGUCUACGGCUUAUGUUGCAGGCCUUGGAGGAGUUGGAGCGGCUGGAUGCUUUUGUCCUCAAAGGCCUGCAUGGCAAACUCGCCGAGCCGGAGCAGUCCCUGCCCGUGGGGCCGUUGGGGCUCUUGGCCCUGUUCCAAAGGGACGUGCAGGCUCUGGGGGUCUUGGUGACCGAGAUCAUCUUCGCCUCCAAGCUGCGAGCCACGAAGCCGGGCGCCACGUUGCAGGAGCGCGUCCAAGUGGCCCGGAGGCUUUGCCGGUAUCACCCGAAGGAGAUCCCGGCCCCGCUCCAACAUCUGCUGGAAGCGUUGCUGCGGCUGAGUGUCCCGGACGGCCAGCUUUUGGGGGAGCGGGCGGGCUUGAGGAAGACCCCGCUGUUCGCCUACGAGCCCGUCUGGCAGGGCCUCCCACCCCCUUGCCCUUCUCAGCUGCUGAGUCCUUUCGGGGCUGUCCUGCCCUUCCCGCCCUACUUCCCAGCUCUGCAUGAGUUCAUCCUCACUUACCUGUCCGGGAAGGCCGAGGACGAGGGGCAGGGGCGGGAGCUGGUUUUCAAGCUGUGGCAACAGCUGGAGGGGGUGCUGCAGGACAACACCCCGGAAGGCUUGGAGAUCCUGCUGCCCUUCGUCCUGGCGCUGAUGUCGGAAGAGAAGACGGCCGUCCACGCCGCCUGGUACCUCUUUGAGCCCAUCGCCAAGGCCUUGGGCCCCAAGAACUCCCACAAGUACCUGCUGAAGCUCUUGAUCGCCGCCUACGAGAGCCCCCGCGGCCUCCACGGGCGCUUCUACCUUUACACCGAUUGCUUUGUCGCCCAGCUGAUGGCGCGUCUGGGGCUGCAGCUGUUCCUCUCUCACCUGCUGCCCCACAUCCUGCAGGUCCUGGUGGGGGUGGAGGGCUCUGCCCAGGAGGAGAAUGGGACGUUGCUGCUGGGCGCGGCCGAGGACGACGAGAGCGGGGAGGGCAGCCCUGUGCCCGGCUCCUUCGGGGAGGAGAUCAAGGCCGACGCAGAACGGGGCUCAGGGGCGCUGGAGCUGCUGGAAUACAUGUCUGGCGUCAGCUUGCACGACCAGGGUUACCUGCCGGAGAGCGAAGACUUCCAGAACGGCCUGUACGUGGCAGAGAGCCUGCAGGAGCCAGAGUCCCUGAGCCUGGGGCACCUGAGCGACAAGAGCAGCGCCAGCGAGGUAUCCUUGGGCGAGGAGCGAGCGGUUGCCGACGGCGAGUCCGUGAAGGACAAGACCAGCCUGGAGUCUCUGGACAGCAAUCCAGAUCCGAAGCACAGCGAAGAAGAGGACGAGCCGGGUCAGCAGGACAGGGAGGAAGACCGGGACGACCCCCCCUUGGUCGCCGAGGAGUCGCCGCUGUGCCUGGAAGCUGGCCUCGCUGAGGAGGAGGAAGAGGAGGAGGAGGAAGAUGAAUCAGAGCAGGGCUUGCCUGACCACGACGGAGAUAAGGAGCAGAGAAUCUUGCUGGAGUCCCCACAGAGACAGCAGUUUGUGGAUGGGUCUGAAGGAGAGCACCUCUCUGAGCUGGGGAGCAUUUACCAUCUUCAGAGCACUGUGCUGGGGGGGAUGUCGGGUCCUCAGCCCGGUGCUGAAAGCCUUUGUCUGAUGCAUAUAAGUGCACUCCUUGUAUGUAGAGCCUGGUCUCACUCUACCUGUACCUGCCAGAUCUCUCAGCCACUCCUGGUUACCCCAAGCAUCGGGGCAGGUGCUGGCCGGCUAAACAGCCGCAAGGAAGCUGGUCUUUUGGCUGCUGUGACGCUGACCCAGAAGAUUGUAGUCUACCUCUCGGACACUACGUUGAUGGACAUCCUUCCCAAAAUCAGCCAGGACAUCCUGCUGCCUGUUCUUAGCUUCCUCACAUCACCCACCAUCAGUUUCCCUAGUGGGGCCCAGGCCCGAACCAUCUUGUGCAUGAAGGCUAUCAGCCUUGUGGCCCUAGUGGCUUUGCGGAUUGGGUCAGAAAUGGUGCAGCAACACCUGAGCAGCACCCUUCGGAUGUUCUUUGAGGCGUUUUCCCUGCCACUGGCCGAGCAGGGACAGCCCGUGGAGCCAGCUGUGGGCCAGGUGGGGCUGCUGCCCCAUGACCCGUCAGCUCUGGAGGAGCUGCAGAAGGUCUUCAACCCCGAGAUGGCCUACUCCACCUUCGUGCCCUUCUCUUGUUUGCUAGGGGACGUUAUUCCCGUCGUCGUCCCAAAUCACGAGCUGGUCGGUCAUCUGGCCAGUCUGUACUUGGCGAGCAUCCCGUCUGGCGAGGAACCGGCACCAGGCGUGGCUUCCUUGGAGCGCAGCACUCUGGGCACAGACCCCUUCUCCGGCUCCAGCGAGGACACUCAUUCGGGCACCUUUGGGGGCGUGUUGGUGGGCAAUCGCAUCCAGAUCCCUGCGGAAGCCCAGCAGGACGUCUCCGGCAGCCCCAGCAGCUUCUGCCUCGCUUCAGGUGGCAAGGAGGAGAGCGCCCUGAAGCAGGAACUGCCGCGCAGUGCCCACCUGCUGUGCGGCAAUUGGCUGGCCUAUUGGCAGUACGAGAUCGGCGUGAGCCAGAACAAUGCCCGCUUCCACUUCCACCAGAUCAAGCUGCAGAGUUACGUGGGCCACCUUGGCGCCAUCAAAUGCAUGGCUCCGUUGAGCGGCGAGGACUUCUUCUUAAGCUGGCAAGCCAGGAGAGACAAGAACCGUCAUGUCUGUAGCUCUCCUCUACAACCGGAGCGCGGCCGGCACUCCACGAGGAUCCAGUCCCCGGCUGACCCUAAUGCCCAGCGCACAGGAAGUCCUGUCUUCUCACGUUGGCCCUGCCUGGAAGCACCAUCACAUCACGAUGGUCCCCUUAGCUGUGACAGCUCCAUCCAUAUCUGGGACCCGUUCACGGGCAAGCUGAUCCAUGCCUUUGAGGCGCCAGACAGCAAAGUGCCCAUCACAGCCGUGAGUGCCAUGUCACCCCCCUACAGCAGCGUGGGCAUGGCCAGCGCAGAUUCGGUCUUGCGUUUCAUCGACCACCGGAAACCAGGAUUGCAGCAUGAAUUCCGUCUGGCCACGGGGGCAAAUGCUGGCCUCAUCCGUUGCCUGGCUGUCAGUCCCAGUGGGCGGAGCAUAGUGGCCGGUUUCUCUUCUGGCUUUAUGGUGCUGUUGGACACCAGGACGGGUCUCAUCCUGCGGGGGUGGCCAGCACAUGAAGGAGACAUUUUGCAGAUUAAGGCCACAGAGGGCAACACAGUCAUCAGUUCCUCCUCUGACCACUCACUGACCGUCUGGAAGGAGCUGGAGCAGAAGCCGCUGCAGACUUACAAGUCCAUCUCCGAACCGAUUCACGCCUUUGACCUCUACAGCAAUGAAGUCGUGGCUGGCACCGUGGCGAACAAGAUUGGCGUCUACUCUCUUCAGGAGUCCCUGCCCCCUAGCAUCACUAAGCUAAGCUCUGAGAACUUCCGGGGCACCUUAACCAGCCUGGCAGUCCUUCCCACCAAGUGCCAUCUCCUACUGGGCUCGGACAAUGGGACGGUUCGCCUCCUGGCGUAGCCCUUCCCCACUUGGCAUCUGUGAUGGAUUUCCCGUUGGGGACUGUAACAGAGCCGAUGGCCAACAUGCGGGAGAGGAGAGAGAGGGAGCAGAAGAUCUUGGUGAAUCUUCCUGUUUCCCCAAACCUCUAAAAACAAUGGAAUCCAUUCCUAGCAAGCGGGCUGCUGGGCAGCCGGAGGGCAAAAUCGUCCCCGUCACCUCACGUGCCUAACUUUCUUUGGGAUCAAGGGGUGUUUCCCAGAGAAAACCCACUAAGGAGGAACCUCUUCCUCCCUGCCCCCCCCCCCAACCCCCCCUGGCAUUCCACUUUCUCAGUUCAGUUCCGGGAGGAGUGAUUGGUUCCUUCGCUUCCCUCCCGUUGCUGUAUUCUUGUCUGCCCUUUUCCGAAGAAGUAUGGCCAGCUGGAAAAACUGCAAUAGGCGUAGCCCCCCUUUUGCCGAGGAUGGAGGUGUGUAUGGCCUUUGUACCUGGAAGGUGAUCUUGGGGCGGCUGGAGGGAAGGGCUGUAGUGUCCAAGAAAUGGUACAUUAUUCUUCCUUUCCCCUCCACGACCUAUUCUCCUGUCCCAUGGAAGAUACUUCAGGGUCUCUUGGACUGUGCCAUAAAGAUUGCUCUUUUUAUGAAACAAUCCUCUCUUCCUUGCCUGUACAGCAAGACUUUGAGAGAGGCCCUUGGGACACACUCAGUUUCCACUGAUCAAGUCGUCAUUUUAGGGUGGGCUCGGGCGUCAUCCCCCCCCUCCACCCAUUCACUGACUCACUCACACAACAGCGGUCCAAUUCUGUUCUGAACACUGAAUACUGGCAUUCCACCAAAAAGCUGGGGCGGCGGCAGUAUAAGCGCUUGUUUUCAUUCUUUGCCUGGGGCGGGGAGACAGCCCCGUGGGACUUAUUAAUUGCAAUAGAUUGUAUACGUAUUCUAAUAAACACUUGGGAGCUGCUGAUG